AUGGACCCUACAGCUUACGCCGAACUAAAGGAAAAAGCACUCACUGAUAGAGCAUUAAAAGUGCAAAGAGGAGUUUUGUUCAUCGAAAAGAAGCCAAACCAAUGGAGAAGAGUAAUCCCAAGCCCGAACCACAAAGAAAUUAUCAGAUCAGUCCACGAACAAGGACAUAUGGGUAUCCACAGCACUGUAAACAAGAUCAAAGAAAGAUAUUGGUGGCCUGGUAUCAGUAAACAAGCAGCAGAGUUCAUUUCAACUUGUGACCAAUGUCAACGAGAGAAGAAACCCCAGAAGGCAAAAGAUAUUUACCCAAUAAUCGCUUCCAGACCAUUCGAAAUAGUAGGAAUCGACCAUGUCGGACCUCUACAUGAAACACCAGAAGGCUAUCAGUAUAUGAUUGUUGCUCAAGAUUAUUUUACUAAAUGGCCUAUUGUCAAACCUACUAAGACUACUAACAUGGACGAAGCUCUAAAAUUUGUCUAUGAAGAAAUUUACACUGUCUAUGGGAAGCCUCAACAGCUUAUAUCUGAUCAGGGAUCAGCCUUUACGGGAGAACUCUGGAACGCUGCAAUGAAGAAAUGGAAGAUCAAUCAUACUCCUACCACAGCAGCGAAUCCACAAGGAAAUGGCCAAGUGGAACGUUUCAAUCAGACUUUGGUGAAGAUGCUACGGAAGAAGCUUGGAGCCAGGAAGAACCAAUGGCACUUGAAAAUACCCGGACUACUGAUAGACUAUCGAGCAUCAGUACAAGCCACUACAGGAAAGACCCCAGUGGAAUUGCUAUUUGGAUACCGCCUAGAAUUGCCAAUCGAAGCCAAAUAUCCAAUCGCCUUAGAUGAAUUACUGGAUGAACCAAUUGACAGAUUCCAACAACUUGAAGACCUACACCACAAACGAAUCGAAGCAGCCGAAGUGAUCAGAAAGAAGCAAGAGAAAGUCAAAGAGAAAAUGGAAGCCAAUAAGGGAUUAGCCACCCCAUAUCAAAUUGGAGACCUAGUACUACUAUAUGCACCAGCGCAUAAGCGAAAACUCGAACAAGCCAUGGAAGGACCUUUCAGAAUCAAAGAAGUAGGAAAACGAGGAGUAUACCUGCUAGAAACAUUAGGAGGAAACAUAUACAAAAGAGUCGGACGCAGAAGAUUAAUCAAGUACAACGACCACAACAAGGCUCGAGUAGAAAUAGGAGAGACGAGCCAUCCCCUGGAUUGA